GGGGGGGAGGGCGCGGGGCCGGUGCCCCCCGCCCGUUACCGGCUGUGCGGGACGCCCCAGGGGGGCCGUUAGAGAUGGAUCGGGGCCGGCGGACGGGACGGGACGGGACGAGCGGGUGGAAGCCGGCUCCUGGGCCGCCUGCCGCCGGGCGAGCUGUGCGGGGGGGGGCUGCUGCCCGCCGCCUUCCCAGCUCCGCUGUUUUCGGCAGCGAUGUGCCCAGUGCCGGUGUCACGGACGGGGAACCGACACCGGGGGGGGGGUGGGGAGUGGGGAAGGAACUGCUCGAUCUCUCGCAGACCCCGGGAGGGGGGAGGAGGGAAUUGAAGCCGUCUUGGGAACAGGACCUGACUCCGACUUCCCCUUCGAGGGCCCGGUUCCCUUCUCCUUUUACUGGGGGGUGAUAAAUGCGGGCAAGAGCCAGCACAACGAGGACCAGGCGUGCUGCGAGGUGGUGUUUGUGGAGAGGAGGCCGAGCCCCAGGGGACACCCACCCUCCGGGGAUGGCAGCAGGGAGCUGGAUGGGGGCAGAAAGGGUUUUUAUUUCCACUACUGGGCCUUGUUUGAUGGCCACGCGGGCAGUGGUGCUGCCGUCAUGGCAUCCAGGAGGCUCCACCUGCACAUCUGCGAGCAGCUCCGGGACCUCGUGGACAUCCUGCAGGACCCCUCCCCGCCUCCCAUCUGCCUCCAGCAUGAUGCCAGGGCUGGCGCAGCUGAGCUGAGCCGGGCACCCAUCAAAGAGGACAAUGGAGAGGUCCCCAGCGAUGCUCUGCCACGCUUUCACCUGGAGAAAGCAGUCUCUCAUGAGAGCCUGGUGAUCGGUGCCAUCGAGAACGCCUUCAAGCACAUGGAUGACCAGAUCGAGCAGGAGCGGGCAUCCCAGAGCAUCCCCGGGGGCUGCUGUGCCCUGGCCGCCGUCUACCUCAUGGGCAAGUUCUACGUGGCCAACGCUGGUGACAGCAGGGCCAUUAUCAUCCGUAACGGGGAAAUCAUUCCAAUGUCCAGGGAGUUUACUCCAGAGACAGAGAGGCAGAGGCUGCAGUUUUUAGCGUUCCUGAGGCCUGAGCUGCUGGGGAAGGAGUUCACGCACCUCGAGUUCCCCCGCAGGAUCCAGCCCAAGGAGCUGGGGAAGAAGAUGCUGUACAGAGACCAAAACAUGAACGGCUGGGCUUACAAAAAGAUCGAAGAGGAUGACCUGAAGUUUCCACUAAUCUAUGGGGAAGGCAAAAAGGCGCGGGUGAUGGCCACAAUCGGAGUCACGCGCGGCCUGGGAGACCACGACCUCAAGGUGUUCAGCUCCAACAUCCACAUCAAGCCCUUCCUGUCCUGCUUCCCGGAGGUUAGGGUUUACGACCUCACGCAGUACGAGCACUGCCCUGACGACGUUCUGGUCUUGGGCACCGACGGGCUCUGGGAUGUCACCAACGACGAGGAGGUGGCCAGCGUGGUGAUGGAGGUGCUGACGAGCUACGAGCCCAAUGACCUGUGCAGGUACACGAUGGUGGCCCAGGAGCUGGUGGUGCGCUCCAGGGGGGUCCUGAAGGAGCGGGGCUGGCGGCUGCCCAACGACAGGCUGGGCUCCGGCGAUGACAUCUCUGUCUUCGUGAUCCCCCUGGGUGGCCCGGGGAGCUACACGUGAUGCCCCAUGGCCUGGGGCAGAGGGGCUCGCGCUGCCUGGACGGGCGCGAGCAGGACCCGGUGCUGCCUCGGGGCACCUCUCCCUUCAGCGCUUGUUUCCCGAGCUGACCACAAGAAGGAGAAACUUGGAGCCUCCGCCUGCGGCCCUCCCAGCCCCUGCCCAGAGCCCCCCUCACCUGCUGCGUCCCAGCACCCUGCAGAGAUGGAAGGGCCUUGGACGGAGCGGGGACUGGGCUCAGGGGAUGUUUUUCGUGCUGCCAUUUUCUUGAUUGCUGUGAAGAGCCCAAAUGCUCCCUGGCUUCUCAGCGCAUGCUUGGCACCUCGCCCUGGCCUGGAGGUGCUGGUUACAGCCAUCGGGCUGGGAGGCCGAGCACUCCUGCCUGGUGAGGCCUGUACUUGCUGCUGCAGUCACCUCCUCCUGGCCCUGCCCUGUGAAGUUUGCACCACAGACACUGAAACUGCUGCCGCUGGGCUGGGUGCUGUGUCCGGAUGGCUGUGCCCAGCCCUGAGCAGCCCACCUGGGGGUGCUGGGGUGGGGGGUGAGCCCCAUGACUGAUGCCCUAGUCUUGUGCUUGCCCCCUUGGGCUCCUCCAGCCUCCGUCCCCAGCUGGGCACUUGGUCUCGGUCUCAGGUUUGGGAGGACGUGGCAGCGCUCAGUCACUGUGGUGCAUAGCGAGCACCUGGUAGGAAAGGAGCAGUUGCACUUGCAUGUGUCUGCCAGCCCCUGGCUGUGCCACGGGCUCUGCCCACCACAUCUCUUCAUGCCUUGGAUCACUGCUGUGUUUCUAGAGCCAAUUAUUUACUGUUAACUGUAGAGCUGAGCUGGGAAGCAUCUAAAUUCUUUCUCGGUACGGGGUGGUGGUUGGUAGGAAUAUAGGUCUAUGUUUCUGAGCAGUUCUAAUUUGGCCACUGCUGAGCAGCAGUUGCAGAGCAGCCCCGUUCAGCCAAGCUUAACAGCUUAAACAUGCUGCAUGGAUCUGCUUAACUGAGGGCUGGGAACCCACAAUAAAAGCAGCUUGGUUGUCACUGGGGGAAAAAAUGACAGCUCGGUCCUUUUCCUUCGUCUCAGAGCUGGCGCUGAGCAGAGCUGUAGCAGCAGUUGUUCUCUCCAUAGUAUUUUGUUUUGCAUCCUGCAUACCUCUGACCUGCAGCUCUGCAGAGUAUCGCAUCCCACCAAAACGUGAGGGCUGCCGUCGUGGCCGGGGGGUGGGGGGGGGGACAGCCGGGCCCCGGCCCUUGCUUUGAAAGGCCCCGUGGCACCAGCAGUUCGUGUCCUGCUGUCACUGGGUGCAGCCAGCUCUCAUCAAGUGUCACCUCUGGUAAAUGUUGGUUGUCUCUUGUAAUCAGCGAGAUGUAAAUAAACUGGGUGCACUUAGUGGAAGUGAAAGCU